AGGGAGGGGCGGCGGCGCGAGCAGCAGCGGCGGCGGCGGCGGCGGUUCCAGCAUGAAGAGGAGAGCUGGCCUGGGGGGCAGCAUGAGGUCAGUGGUGGGCUUCUUGUCGCAGCGGGGCUUGCAUGGGGACCCCCUGCUCACUCAGGACUUUCAGAGGAGACGCCUGCGGGGCUGCAGAAACCUCUACAAGAAGGACCUUCUCGGCCACUUCGGCUGUGUCAAUGCCAUUGAAUUCUCCAACAAUGGAGGCCAGUGGCUGGUCUCAGGAGGAGAUGACCGCCGAGUUCUGCUAUGGCACAUGGAACAAGCUAUCCAUUCCAGGGUCAAGCCCAUACAGCUGAAGGGAGAACACCAUUCCAACAUUUUCUGUCUGGCUUUCAACAGCGGGAACACCAAAGUCUUCUCUGGAGGGAAUGAUGAGCAAGUUAUCCUCCAUGAUGUUGAAAGCAGUGAGACCCUGGAUGUGUUUGCUCAUGAAGAUGCAGUGUAUGGCUUGUCGGUGAGCCCAGUGAAUGACAACAUUUUUGCCAGCUCUUCAGAUGAUGGCCGGGUUCUCAUUUGGGACAUCCGGGAGUCUCCCCAUGGAGAGCCCUUCUGCCUGGCAAACUAUCCAUCAGCCUUUCACAGUGUCAUGUUUAACCCCGUGGAGCCCAGGUUAUUGGCCACAGCCAAUUCAAAGGAAGGAGUGGGACUAUGGGACAUUAGAAAACCUCAGAGUUCUCUCCUGCGCUAUGGCGGCAACCUCUCUCUCCAAAGUGCCAUGAGUGUGCGAUUCAACAGCAACGGGACCCAGCUCCUGGCCCUGCGGCGGCGCCUGCCCCCUGUGCUCUAUGACAUCCACUCCCGCCUGCCUGUGUUCCAGUUUGACAAUCAGGGCUACUUCAACUCAUGUACUAUGAAGAGCUGCUGCUUUGCGGGGGAUCGUGACCAGUAUAUCCUCUCAGGCUCUGAUGACUUCAAUCUGUACAUGUGGAAGAUUCCUGCAGAUCCAGAAGCAGGUGGCAUUGGCAGGGUGGUCAAUGGAGCCUUCAUGGUGCUGAAAGGGCAUCGGUCCAUUGUUAACCAGGUCCGGUUUAACCCCCACACGUACAUGAUCUGCUCUUCUGGUGUAGAAAAGAUUAUCAAGAUCUGGAGCCCAUACAAGCAGCCAGGAUGUACAGGAGACCUCGACGGUCGGAUUGAAGAUGAUUCCCGCUGCCUCUACACCCAUGAAGAGUAUAUCAGCCUUGUAUUGAACAGUGGGAGUGGCCUGUCCCAUGACUACGCUAACCAGUCUGUCCAAGAAGACCCCCGGAUGAUGGCUUUCUUUGACUCUUUGGUGCGCCGUGAGAUCGAGGGCUGGAGCUCUGACUCAGACAGUGACCUCAGCGAGAGCACCAUCCUUCAGCUGCAUGCGGGGGUCAGUGAGCGCUCUGGCUACACUGACUCAGAAUCCUCAGCCUCACUGCCCCGCUCCCCACCUCCCACAGUAGACGAGACUGCGGACAACGCCUUCCAUCUGGGGCCCCUGCGUGUCACCGCCACAAAUGCAGCGGUGUCAACCCCAGCAACGCCCACGUGUGAGGAUGCAGCCUCCCGCCAGCAGCGCCUGUCUGCUCUGCGGCGUUACCAAGACAAGCGCCUCCUGGCCCUGUCCAAUGAGUCCGAUUCUGAAGAGAAUGCCUGUGAGGCUGAACUGGACACAGAUCUCUUCCCUCGGCCAAGGUCGCCCAGCCCCGAGGAUGGAUCCAGCAGUUCCAGCAGUUCCAGCAGCUCAGAGGAAGAAGAGGAACUGAACCAACGCCGAGCCACCACCCGGCAGCGAAACGCCAUGCGGAGGCGACAAAAGACGGCCCGGGAAGAGCGGCCCAGUGCUCCAGUCAAGCCCACCAACGCCUACAUUGGAGAGGACAAUUACGACUACCCCCAGAUCAAGGUGGAUGACCUCUCCUCCUCCCCAAACUCCUCUCCUGAGCGGAGUGCUUCCAAUCUGGAUCUCCAACCAAGCCGGGCACCAGCAACUGCCAACAUGGAAUCAGUCGAGCGAAAGAUUUAUAAAGCUUACAAAUGGCUCCGUUACUCCUAUAUCUCUUACUCAAAUAACAAAGAUGGAGAGACCUCCUUAGUGGCAGAGGAGACAGAUGACGGAAGAGCAGGAACCAGCCCCAAAGACAACCCCACCCCUUCUUCUAGUAAGGAAGCCUGCCCAACCCAGAGAGACCAGGACCUGCCCCCUGAAGGCUGCAGCAAAGACGCCCGUAGCGAAGGGACUUCCACCAGGAAUCCCAGCGGUGGCGCGAGCCGUGAGCUCAGCAGCCAUCCUUGGGCAGAGGUGCCAGAGGGCACCUCUCAGGACACUAGCAAUAGCGGCCCUCUAGAACACUCUUCUGAAACCAAGAAGCUCAAUGGCAAGGCCCUGAGCAAGACCCUGAGCAGCCGGGCUGAGGAACCAGCCGCUCCUGCCCCCAAGGCAUCUGGUUCCACUCUCAACAGUGCGUCUGGCAACUGUUCCAGGACCCAGUCUGAUGACAGCGAGGAGAGGAGCCUUGAAACCCUCUGUGCCAACCACAACAAUGGACACUUGCACCCCCGGCCCCCUCACCCCCACAACAAUGGGCAGAACUCUGGGGAGCUGGAGACAAUAGUGUACUCUUCCCCGGGGCACCCAGACACUGACCAUGAUAACCCACCCCUGACAGGUAUGCUUCUGCACAAAGAUUGUUGUGGGUCUGAAAUGACCUGUGAGACCCCCAGUGCUGGAAUGAAAGAAGACCCCACUGACCCCUCGGCCAUGGACAGCAGCAAGGUUGUUCAUGGCCACAGUGGCCUCAAAAGGCACCGAAUUGAAUUGGAAGACACAGAUUCAGAGAAUUCCUCCUCAGAGAAGAAACUAAAAACAUGAUAAAUACAAAGGGAAAACAAAAAGCUACAAAAAGUAGC